AGCAGUGGGUGGACAGUCUGCCCUAAUUACGUUACCCCAUCUUUGAAAAUUUAGUCAGGCCAGCUUCAAUAGUGACUACAUGGAUUCUAUAUUUGACGUUACGGGGAUACCAGCUGCUGUCGUGUCUCGUCGAAAGUUAAAGAAGCAGUGAUACCGGAGUUGUCGCUUGACGCUGCCUCGUUUGGCAUAACCACCAGGGAAACGUCGUUCGUUGCCAGGCUAACCUAACGAGCUAAGCUAGCGACACGGGAUAACGAGCGGGGGCGGAUGGUUGUUUUUGGCCUUCGGUGUAGACCAUAGGAAACGGAUAAACACUACAGACACCAGGGGGGUUAACGUCGAACAAUGACAGAAGAAGCGCGUAGAGCUAAUGGGAAAGGACUUUGUUGUGGGAAAGGAAAGUCCGCGGAAGAGCAUCGUUAAGACGCGUUAAAGCCACUCGGAGUCUGUGAACUAGUUAGCUAAGCGGCGCUAGCUGGUGUAGGUAAUCAAGGAAGUUGACAAGGCUGCUUGCGAGUGUGCCAACAACGAAUUUAUUACAGGGAGCAAGGUUAGUCAGCCGGUCCUCAAGGAUACGUGAAAGUGGCUGACGGUGCUUACACUGGAAAGCGACCAUCAAAAAUCGGAGUCGUCUCGGACUUGUGUCUGAAUGUGAACCGGUUACCACGAAAGUCAUAGCUCGCCGUAAACAAAGGCUUCCGCGCUUCCAUCUAUUAAGGCUACACGUCGGGCUACCGUGAGAUCACGUUAUACACAGACGAUACUGCCCCCUUCCACGGAGAGGGAAAUCUAGCCAGAAAUGGAUCUAAAAACGGCGGUGUUCAAUGCAGCCAGGGACGGUAAACUCCGGCUGCUUCAGAAACUGUUGGAGAACAAAAAUGGACAUGAGGUGAUUAAGUUGAUGGGAGAAAAGACAAACGGGGCCACGCCGCUCUUAAUGGCCGCCCGAUACGGCCACCUGGAUUUGGUGGAAUAUCUUCUUGAGUGCUGCAGCGCUCCCGUUGAAGCCGGGGGCUCAGUGAAUUUUGACGGGGAGACCAUCGAGGGAGCCCCCCCUCUGUGGGCCGCGUCGGCGGCUGGACAUCUCAAAGUAGUUCAGUCCCUACUUGGCCACGGGGCCUCUGUUAACAACACGACUUUGACCAAUUCAACCCCCCUUAGGGCGGCUUGUUUCGACGGUCACCUGGACAUUGUGAAAUACCUGGUAGAGCACAAAGCUGAUCUAGAGGUGGCCAACAGACACGGCCACACGUGUCUUAUGAUCUCCUGUUACAAAGGACACAAGGAAAUAGCGCAGUAUCUGCUGGAGAAAGGUGCAGAUGUCAACAGAAAGAGCGUAAAAGGUAACACAGCACUCCAUGACUGUGCGGAAUCAGGCAGUCUGGAGAUCAUGAGGAUGCUCUUACAGUAUGGGGCCUCCAUGGAGCGGGAUGGUUAUGGUAUGACACCUCUGCUGUCUGCCAGUGUCACUGGCCACACAAACAUCGUCGACUACUUGACAACACACCAGCAGACCAGCCACAGGGAACGUAUUGACGCUCUAGAGCUAUUGGGAGCCACAUUUGUGGACAAAAAACGAGAUUUGCUUGGAGCUCUAAAGUAUUGGAAGAGGGCAAUGGACCUCAGGUAUAUGGAUAGUAACAAUAUUGUCCAUAAACCUGAACCCAAACAUCUGAUCAUGGCGUACGACUAUGCCAAGGAGGUAAACAAUGGGGAGGAGUUGGAUGGGCUGAUCUCUGACCCAGAUGAGAUGCGCAUGCAGGCGCUGCUGAUCCGGGAGAGAAUCCUCGGUCCGCAGCACCCAGACACUUCCUACUACAUCCGCUACCGUGGUGCCGUCUACGCUGACUCGGGGAACUUUGAGCGCUGCAUUAACCUAUGGAAGUAUGCACUGGAUAUGCAGCAGAGUAACUUGGACCCUCUCAGCCCCAUGACAGCCUCCAGCCUCCUUUCCUUUGCCGAGCUCUUCUCUUUCAUGCUCCAGGACAGGGCCAAGGGGAUCCUGGGAACAUUUGUGUCAUUUGAGGACCUAAUGGGCAUUUUGACCAAGAGUGUACUCGAGAUUGAGAGGGCAGUCAAAAUGAGGGGACCAGUGCCACCUGACCCUGCCCAGCUAAGCAAGACCCUGUCGAUCAUCUUGCACCUUAUUUGCCUUUUGGAGAAGGUGCCAUGUACCGCUGAACAGGACCACUUCAAAAAGGAAACCAUCUAUAGGUUCCUGAAACUCCAGCCAUGUGGCAAGAAUGGCUACAGCCCACUCCACCUGGCAGUAGACCGUAACACCACCUGUGUGGGCCGCUACCCAGUUUGCAAGUUCCCCUCCCUGACAGUUGCCUCCAUCCUCCUGGAGUGUGGGGCAGAUGUGAACAGUCGUGAUGAAGAUGACAACAGCCCUCUCCAUGUGGCAGCUUCCAAUGGUCACCCAGACAUCAUGAACUUGCUGAUCUCAUGUGGGACCCACUUUGACAGCACCAACGCCUUCCAACAGACGGCCUGUGACCUGCUGGAUGAGAAGGAGCUGGCCAGAAAUGCUAUCCAGCCCAUUAACCACACCACGCUACAGUGCCUGGCCGCCAGGGCCAUCGUCAAGCACAGCCUCAACUACCAAGGAAACAUUCCUGAGAAGUUGGAGGCCUUUGUUCUGCUUCACAGAUAGUGACCCCACACACUUGUCUGGAAGGUUAAGAGGGACGUAUCGAUUGCUGGAUUGAAAGAGCGGGGGGUAUUGGGGUGUGAAGAACCUGCUAGAUUGGACGGGAGCCUGCUGGCUGACGAGCCAUACUGGAUGGACGCCUGACCUGCAGUGUUUCAAGGGGCUAAACAAACAUUGUAAACUGGAUUUGAAUAUUCUAUACCAGUCAAUUUUUCUAGUGCUUCACACUCUCAGAAAUUCGAUUUAAUUGGGCUGGUAUGAAAGAUCAAUUCACACAAUGGAAGAAUGCGUGACUUCUUUUCCUGUUUAGGAGUUUGGAUGCAGUAGAUAAAGACUACAACAUGGAAAAUAAUUAUGAACAAUAGUAUCUCUGGAGGUAAUGAGCUAGGGGUUUAAUUGUUUUGCUAUUGUCCAUUCUUUUUUUUCCUUCUUUUUUUGCAUAUUCCAUGACGCUAUUUAUUAAAAUUGUUGAACCUUGAGAGAUUUUUCUCCAUGCCGGCCCCAACCCUGCCUCAGGAUAUGUUUUUUUUUAUUAUUAUUAUUUGUUUUGUCCCAUCACUGUUGCCAAUAGUCAUGGACACCUUUUCUCAAUUCUUGAUAGAUUUCCCCCUUUAUCCUGUAACAUCACAUUUCGUUAUAUGAAGGUCUUGCAAAUUUGGCUUUCUGCCGAGUGGCGUGGAUUCUACUACAUAGACUUGUGUUUUGUUUCCAAUGUAGUGUCUGACAAAGCUUUAUGAGAAGGUUCUAAUGUCUGCAAACACCAUAAGUGCUUUAUUCUUCCUAUGCACAGGCCAGGCUGUUGGAAAGAGAGACUGUUGUGUUCUGUGCCGGCACUUGUCUGUGCAAUAUCUCUCAUUGAGAUUUUGAUAUUGGUUUACCUCAUCGCUGCCCUUUUCUUGUGUCUCCAUAAUUAAUGAAAAACAGGAGAUGCAAAACCAUUGUAGAUAGUUGUUAGUGUAGUGGAGUAGUGAGUGGAUCAGGGUGACGUGUGUGUGUGUGUGUGUGUGUGUGUGUGUGUGUGUGUGUGUGUGUGUGUGUGUGUGUGU